AAGGAGGCAGGCUCGCCAGCCAUGCAGGCCCCAGACGACGGCGCGGGGGGUGCAGAGGCUGGUGCUGGAGCGCCCACUGGCCCUGGAAGCCCCAGAGAACCUGGAGGCUGGGGUGGCACCGCAGCCGAGGGCACAGUGGCUGGAGGAGCUCCCCAGGUCGAGGGGGCAUCGUUUUCCCCAAGGCAGGGUGAAGAGGUUUCAGCCUUGGCUUUGGCCUCGGGCGAAGCCUCAGGAAACCAAGUGUUGGAGUUCACCCUUACGGUGCCUUUCCUGUGCUACAUGGAUGCGGAGGUGGCCCGCCAGUACCUGACCUCAGGUGCCGAACCCUUCCACCGGGCCGUUCAGACGGAGCUCACAGUGACUGGCAGUGACCUGCUGAUCAAAGUAUCUGCCGAAGACUCUGCCCUCCUGCAAACUUCCACUGCCUCCUUGCUCAACCAGCUUUCCAUGGUAGUGCAGACCAUGCAGCUUUUUGUGCCCCCCUUUUUUUGCUAAGCCUCGGCCUGGAACAGGGGGCUGAGUCCACAAGAGAGUCCCAUUUUAGGCAGUGUGUCCUUCCCCAGGGGCAUGAUUUUGGCAGUAGUUGCUACUUUGUUUGGGGGGCAUAAUUGUUUGCCUGUACUGGCCCUGGGGUUACUCGCUGCUCACCUGUUUUCAUUGGUGCUUAAAUAUUGGUUACCACCGAUAAUAAAACUGAGCCAGUGUUACGGGUCUG